UCAUGCAUAAACAAAAACUUGAUUGAAUACCAGCAAUUAAUGUUAAUUAUGGUUAGGAUAUAUUCCCAUUCCUAUCAUUGGCUAUACGCGACAAAUCUUUGCUUAGGCCUGACUGGAGUCCGCCUUUUUUAGGUCCAACCUUACCUCAUACGUUACCAUAUUGAGUCCGCCUUUUGUAAUCAACAGACACUUCCUUAGAUUGUUUAUACUUGAAGGUCUAAGCAUAUUGUUUCUAGUAAAUCUUCAAUCAUCUGACCAGAUACAUUUGAUUAUCAACUGAGUGUUCAUCACAGUUAACAGUUUCAUUUGUAACUUUUCCUCGUUAACUUCAAGUCUUGGCUUAUUUGUUAUCAUAAAAGUGCUCAUUUCUUGCUCAUAGUUUCAUUUCUUUGUUUUUAUAUUAAAAUGAAUGUAUUGAACUAUAUUCAGGAAAAUCUCAACAACAACAAUCACAAUACAACUGAUAGAACGAUUUCAGUUAUUUUACUCCAAGAAGAAUUAUGGAACAAAUUCAAUUCAAUAACAACAGAAAUGAUUGUAACCAAAUCUGGACGACGAAUGUUUCCAGUAGUGAAAUUAGAAGUAAAAGGAUUGGAAAACCAUUCAAUGUAUGUUAUAAUACUAGAGUUUUGUCAAUUGGGCGAUAAUAGAUGGAAGUUUGUCAACAAUGAAUGGGUACAAGGAUCUAAAUCUGAAGUUAAAUCACGCUCAGAAUACAGUUAUUACACUCACCCUGAGUCACCCAAUUAUGGUGGUCAUUGGAUGAAAAAACCUGUUGAAUUUCCAAAAGUUAAACUGACCAAUAAACAACCACCAGAAGAAGGUCAAGUGGUCCUCAAUUCCCUUCACAAAUAUGAACCUAAGGUUCAUAUAAUUAAAAGCAAUCCUGGACAUGAACCUGAAACAAUUAGUUUUUGUUUACCAACAACACAAUUCAUCGCUGUUACAGCCUAUCAAAAUGAAUCGAUCACUGAUUUAAAAAUCAAAAACAAUCCAUACGCUAAGGCAUUUGCCGAGAAACAUAAGAAAAACAAAAACGAUGUAAACAGGAUUGAUAAUAAUAUUAACCCUUGCUUUGAAUAUGGCCGUCCACAGUUAUACGAACAUCAGCAACAAAACCAAUUUCAUCAUUCUUAUCAUCAUCAUCAUACUUACUUGCCUUAUCAGGAACCACAUGAUUCUGGAGCCAAUUUUACACCUCAAAAUGUUCAACAAAUGUUUUAUUAAAUAUUUGAAAGUAAUAAGUUGAAUGUGUCUUAAAUUUACAAAAUUAAAAUUACAGUAACUUGAUAUUGAAAUAAAUUCAAUAAUUUCGUUCCAGUU